AAUAGAUCAGAAGUUAGAUCAGAAAACAUAUGGAUAUGGAGAUGCCAGAUGUUAUAGCUGUUCCAUACCCAUUUCAAGGUCACAUAAACCCUAUGCUUCAGUUUUGUUCUUCUCUAUCUGCUAGAGGCGUGAGAGUGACCUUAGUCCUCACACAUGGUGUAGCCAAAUCCAUGCCGCAAUCCACCCUUUCCCAGCCCUUCCACACCGUGGAGUGCAUUUCCGAUGGCACCGACAUCGCCACCUCACCGCGCAACUUAGAAGAAAAUAGUCGUUUCCCAGGUGCGGUUUUCGAGGGGGUGGCGGCGAUUAUUCAGAACCAAAAAAAGGCUUCCGGCGGCGCCGCCACCAAAGUUCUGGUGCAUGAUGCGAUGAUGCCGUGGCUUUUGGAGGUAGGCCGAGCGGGUGGAUUGCGCGUGGCUUCUUUGUUUACUCAACCUGCUUCGCUUUGUGCUAUCUAUUACCAUAUGCUCCGUGGCCAUGUGGUCCAAGAACUCACUGCUUCUUGUUGGAGGAUAUCAUGCAUAAUGAAGAAAAGGAGAAAAUGGCACCAAAGUUAUUUCAUAGCAUAUAUCAGUCCGUCUCCUCUGUUGGUCAUAUAUACCGUCUUCUUCUUCAUUUUUCUUCACUCUGUAAUCUUCCCUACUCAUCAAUACAACAGUUUCUACUUUUCAUUUUCCAUUGCUAUACUGCUAACAAAUCCAACAUGGUAUCAGAGCUAG